CGUCCAUCUUGUACUACUGAGUGAAAUGAAAUGGGGAAAUGAUCACUGACGUAUAAUGUUUUACAGUUUAUUUUCAAAGAGUGUCAAGUAUUCCACGUUGUGUGAUUCCCAUGUGACACAACUUUAUGUUCUGCGAAAGGUACAACACACACCCUCGUGUCGAGCUGCCAAAUCAACCAACUAACUAGCAACUAACCACUUCCUUUUCUCAGCGCCUCCUCCGCGAAUGCAUCUCAGAGCUGAUGUUCAGGUUUCAGUCUGUCUUUAUUUGUCUGAUGGUCACCAUGCUCAGCCGAGACCGAGCUGCUCUGCUCUCCGUUCAACUUUUAGCUAUGUGCCAAGUGUUUGCAGACAUUCUCCCACAGAUUCAUACAUUUGACCAGAGGAAUAUCUCGGUGCCCAGGGCAGACUCCAUCACCCUCACUUGCAACAUAUCCAUGGCUAAUAUAACGCAAAUCAACUGGACCAAAGGCAGAUCUGUUUUUGCUCAUUCAGUCUUACUCAAUCAGAAUUUUUCCAAUUUCACCUCUCACUAUAUAAUAGACUUAAACUUACCUUCACAGCUGAAUAUUUCUAAUGUUCAGCAUGAUGAUGCAGGACUCUAUAGAUGUAAUUUAACUGCCAUAAAAGGCCAACGGGCUAUUGAGUGGAAUCUAACAGUGUCUGAGAAACCUGAAGGAACCAGUCUACCGUGGUAUUUUCCAUACAUACUGACCGCUGUAAUUGGAUUGCUUCUCUGUGUCUUCACUUCAGCUGUCUGCCUCUACAGAAAGCUCAGGGCCAGGACUUCAGACCAGAGCCCGGCCCAGGAGCAGUUUCAUCUUCAGUCUGAAACAGAGGUGGCCCUCCGUCACACGCGGGGUGACACAGACAGUAGAGCAAACAAGCACAGGAGUCAGUACAUGGAGAGGCUCAAUUCCAUCUAUAAUCUCUGAGGAGAUGAUAAGAGACCGAUGGACAAACCAGGUGCAUCAGAGGAAGGCAACCGGAGAGAGGACAGCUGGGUCCCUGAUGCCUGUAGCUUACCUAAUGUUGAUACAUUAAAACCAGUGCUGUCACUUUAAGGGAUUUGUUUUUACUUGUGUAUUUAUGGUACUCUGUGUGUUUUGAUAUGUCCUCAUGCAUAUGAUAGCUUUAUUAUAAGUGUGCUGUGCUGGUAUUUAUAUGUCUUUCCUUCAUUCUGAGCUCAGUAAGAAAAGCUGCUAACAAUGUUUCCUGUAAUUGCAAUCGAGUGAACUCAACAGGCUUUAAGUGGAGGUCAGUGCCCUCUAGUGUUCUGUGUGGGAAUUACAGGAGCUCUUUUCAUUGAAAAUAAAUGAUAUUUCAGAGACUACAGUCAAGUGCAGUUUUGUUUUUAUUCCAGUGGAGGACAUGAGUGAGUGUGUUCUCUGCUCUUUUACUACAGAUUCACAAGAUUAAUGAUGCAAGAGAGAGAUGGAAUAUCUCAUAUAUGUAAGGAAACAUAUGUGGUUCUUUUAAUAGUAUUAAAGU